AUGGGAUACCUACAUCUGUCCCGGGGUCUUACACAAGGAGACCCAUUAUGUCCCUACCUCUUCCUCCAUGCUGAGGGUCUCUCCACCUUAUUAGCCCAUAAAGAGGUCGAGAGUCACUUACACAGUGUGGCGAUCUCCCAACAUGCUCCAUCCAUCUCUCACCCACACUUUGCUGAUGACAGUUUGCUCUAUGCUACUGCAUCAACGUCUCUUAGUGCCGCAUCAUGGACGUGCUGCGAAAAUAUGAGGAGGCAUCGGGACAAAAAGUUAACAUCAUGGACGUGCUGCAAAAUUAUGAGUGCCGCCACAUCAUGGAUCGGCAUGAUAAAUACCUUGGGCUUUCAAAGGUUGUGGGCCAUAACAAAGGUGUUUGUUUCAGCCAUAUCAAAGAGAGACUAUGGAAGAGGCUACAGGAAUGGAAGGGCAAAUUACUCAGUGUCGCGGGGCAUGAACUCCUUGUCAAAGUUGUUGCCCAAUCAAUCCCGCUAUACACGAUGUAUAGUUUCCUCCUUCCGAAGUAUUUUUGUAAUGAUUUUAACCGCUCUGUUGCUGAUUUCUGGUGGAGUGGGGCUUCAGACUCUAAGAAGAUUCAUUGGCUCACUUGGGAGAAGCUUUGCCUCCCUAAAGAAGAAAGUGGGGUCUGGGUUCAGAAAUUUAUAUGCCUUCAACCUCAGCUUCUUGGAAAAACAGGGUUGGAAGAGCAUCUACCAUGCUGCACAUUUUGUCUAUGAUCUCAUCGACGAUUCCCGAAACUGGAACGUCUCCCUGCUGAAGUUCCUCUUCUCAGACGUUGAAACCAAUUGCAUUCUCUCACUCCCUCUGAGUCUUAGAAAGCCGGACGAUUGCGACAAUAAAGGAAACUUCUCCGUAAAAAAUGCGGAUCAAGUGGCUCAGGAUUGGCUGGCCUCAUGUCGUGACAGGGCUUCUUUGUCUCCCACUCCUAACACCUUUGGAAGAAAAUAUGGGCUGCAAAUUAAGGUUCCUCACAACAAAAAUGAAGAUUGCGGUUUGGAAAAUUGGCCUGGACAUUAUCCCAACCCGGUGACUCAACUCUCAACCUCAUGCGUGAUUGUGCUUUCGCUCGAUGUGUCUGGCUUGCCUCUCCUAUUGGCCACCCACCCCGUCUUGCGACUCAAUCAACGAUUCUCGAGUGGAGUUCCAGCUGUUCCCCACAUUUAA